UGGAUUCACUGUAACUGUUGUUGCGCUCGUUCGCUUAUGAGUUAUAUUGUUUUCGAGUUCUGUUGUAGUCUUAUUCUGAACGACUAACGAUAAACCUACAACCGUUAUAAUGAAAAACAUCCGGAAUAAAUUUAAAGGCCUCAAUAAACAUUAUACAACCUCGAGGCUGUCUCCCGAAUUACCUCCGAUUGAUUUCAAACCUUUACCGUACAAAGGCCUUUCUUACGAAAAAGCACAGUCUAUGCAAUUGGACAAUGUGUUUCCUCAAGUACAGAUGUACGAAGAACCUCUACUUUUACAUGAAGGUAAAAUGCAAUGGCUAUUCGAUCACAAGGGCCAGCGGUACUUAGACAUGUUUGGAGGCAUAGCUACCGUUAGCGUAGGUCACUGUCAUCCACGAAUUACUGAAGCAAUCGCCGAGCAGUCAAGUAUAUUGGGUCACGUGUCUGGAGCGUACGAGCAUCCGAAAAUGUAUGAGUACGUAGAAGCGCUUGUGUCAAAAAUGCCGGGAGACCUAAAGACCGUGUACCUGGUAAACAGCGGGUCCGAAGCCAAUGAACUGGCAAUGCAGCUGGUUCGCCUGCACAGCGGCAAUCAUGAUGUGAUAUCCAUUCAGAACUGCUACCACGGCGUGUCCGGAAAUCUACAUGGACUGACGGCAUUGGCGUCGGCCAAGUUCACCAACACGUCUGCCGGUAACUUCAUUCACCACGCGAUGUGCCCUGACGUGUUCAAAGGUAUCUGGGGUGGGAAGAAGUGCAGGGACUCUCCUGUGCAGACCCAGCGAUCUUGCGAAUGUGACCGGGUUCAUUGCCGAGCAGCCGACAAGUACUACGAACAGCUGGAAGACAUUUUCUCGUAUUCGAUACCUCGUGGAAAGGUGGCCGGGUUUUUUGCCGAGUCCAUUCAGGGCGUCGGUGGGAUCGUUCAAUUCCCGAGGGGUUAUUUAAAAAGAGUCUACGAGCUGAUCAGGAGCAACGGUGGCCUGUGCGUGGCCGAUGAAGUGCAAACUGGCUUCGGUAGAACUGGCGAACAUUUUUGGAACUUCCAAUCGCACGGUGUCACACCAGACAUUGUGACAAUGGCCAAAGGCAUCGGGAACGGUUUUCCAAUGGCCGCUGUAGUCACGACGCCCGAGAUUGCACGGUCGUUGAAUUCGGCUUUUCAUUUCAACACUUUCGGUGGCAAUCCUGUUUCGUGUGCCGUAGGUGUUUCGGUGUUAAAGGUGAUUGACGAAGAAGGUUUGCAGAAAAACUGUUUGGAAGUGGGUACAUAUUUCCUAGAAAAGUUGUGUGGCAUGAGACGCGAAUGGAAAAUAAUCGGUGACGUGCGAGGCAAAGGACUGAUGAUUGGCGUGGAGUUAAUAGACGGCGAUCAAGACGAUAGCGAUAAGGGCAUAAUUAAUCCACUUAACUGCAGAGCCAUUUCCCGUAUUAAAAACGAUUGCUUAAAAAUGGGACUUUUGUUUGGGGUCGGAGGAGUUCGAUCAAAUGUACUGCGCUUUAUGCCUCCCAUGUGUGUAACGAAAGAUGACGUGGAUUUCACAAUUGCAGUUUUGAGACGAGCUAUGCAAAAUUAUUACGAAGCUAAAUACCGUAAUAAUUUUUAAGAAUAUUUUGAUUUAUAUAAAACUGAAAUGCAUUUGAAUACAUUGCGCUUAAAAUGUUUUUCUUUAAUAUAUAUUAUAGAGUAA